AUUUUGGAGGGAAACUUCAGUCGCUUCGCAUCGGCCGCCGAGACGCUGCGUCCCCAGAUUUCCUCCUCCGAAAACCCCUUUCGAGCCGAGUUGAGAGAUCGAGAGCAAGAUGAAGUGGCAACUCGCUGGCUUCUUCGGCCUGCUGUUGGCGGUGGCGUUUCUGAAAGGUCACGUGGAUGUGAAAGGAUAUGCAAAAUCUUUAGCGACAAGAAUUUCGGGUGCUUCGACCUUGGCGAUGGCAUAUAUCCCAGACUUGAAGGAUUCAGAGACAUCAGACAGCGAGGAUUCGGAGAUGUCAGAAACCGAGAUUUCAGAGACGUCAGAAACCGAGAUUUCAGAGACGUCAGAAACCGAGAUUUCAGAGACGUCAGAAACCGAGAUUUCAGAGACUUCAGAAACCGAGAUUUCAGAGACGUCAGAAAUCGAGGAUUUAGAGACUUCAGAAACUGAGGAUUCAGACGCGUUAGAUGAAGAUGGAUGGGAGAUAUCACACAUCGAGGACUCGGAGGCGGCAGCUUACGGAGACUCAGGGCCUUUAGACUUAACACAAAAGCUUAUGGACUCUGCUAAGAGGAAAGCAGGGCAACGCAGGACCACGGGCAGUAUGUAUUGUCUCUCCGAAGACGCUAAUCCUUACACGGGCUUCGCUACCAUGACUCCAUACAGGAUCGCCUCCACGCCCUUGAAGGCGGACGAUGUUAUUCCGAGAGGAUGUAAGCCAGUGCAGAUAUGGCACCUGAUUCGCCACGGAAGCCACGGUGCUCACAGGAACGACUACAUAAAGUUUGAAGAUGAGUUGCCAUUUCUUAGGAGAAAGAUCUUCCGAGCUCGCGCGCAUUGGAAGGGGAAUCUCUGUGACAAAGACCUGAAAUUAAUUAGGCUCUGGAAAGUGUCUAAGAUGAUGAGCAAGACAGGUACUCUUUCUGUGGAAGGUAUGGAAGAAAUUGCCGGUUUAGCUGACCGGUUCAAGUCCGUUUUCCCAGGUCUUCUUGAAAAAAAAUUCUCAGCUAAGCUACAUCCCGGAGCUGGUAAUAAGAUUGCCUUCGGUACCGGCCGCCAGAACCAGCAGAGCGCCGUCGCCUAUGUUUCUAGCAUGUACGGCCCCUUCGCGCGGUUCGUCCCCGUAGGCUCAAUACCAUCGAGGGAUCUGCAGUUCUACGACUACUGUAGAAACUACAUUGAAGGUGUAUUGAACAUGCACAAGAAGUUGAAGCCGUACCACAACUUCAUGUCAGGGAGCAUCAUGAAUUCUGUUCUUCGAAGAGUGUCCGAACGUCUUGGAUUUCCGGUAACCGUGGCCAAUGUUCGUGUGAUGUACAACGCAUGUCGGUACUACUAUGCGUGGUACAAAAAUAUUGUGUCGCCCUGGUGCACUGUCUUCACCCCGAUGGAUCUGAAGGUGCUGGAAUACUGGGAAGACCUAAGGGUAUAUCACGAUCAAGGCCACCGCUUCGAGAUCAGCUCAAAGCAAGCCUGCGUUCUUGGCAAAGACGUGAUGGAUCAGUUCCGAAAUCGAGUGGAAAACGGCAGUACGGAACUCUACGCCGCCUCGUAUUUCGUCAAUCCGGAGGCUUUGGUAACGUUCAUUACCUUACUGGGGCUGUUCAAUGAUGAGGAGCCCAUAACUGAGUUUUACAUCCCCUCGUCCCGCUUGUGGAAAACAUCCCAGUUUGCUGGUUUCGGCAGCAACUUGGCCAUCUUGCUCUCUUUGUGUGCUGAUGACAGCUUUUGGGUGAGCGCUCUCCUCAACGAGAAACCAGUUCAACUACCGGGAUGUGACAGCAGCCUGGGUUGUCCUUGGAAUAAUUUCAGUCAAUACUACGACUACCUAAGUGACUGCAACUUCGAUGAGCUUUGUGGAAGCUUUUCGAGUCUGCUGACGCAGAGUCGCCACUGGUAUGCUCUCUACAUGAAUGAACAAUGGAUGUAGAAAACUCAGCAGAUGAAUGCAGCUUUUAUUUUCAUCGUCCUUUCAGACCAGAAAUGCAUCACUUAUGUGUUUAGUCCUACAUUUUCAUUUAUUUCAAGAGAAAGGAUUUAAGAAGGAAGAAUUUUGGAGGAAAUUUGUAUAUUGUUUGUGAACUUACCGGAUGUAUGGAAAACAUGUAUGAUUUCAAUUCAACAUUAGAGUGAACUAAAUUCA